UCACGAAAAAAAAAAGAAAAGAAACAGAUUUUCGCGAAAAAGGGUGUUUGCUUGCUUGCGUUGUUGUUUGUUUUCUCCCUUGCAUCACAUCGGUCUGCUGGUUGGUUGUUUGAUCGGAUCGGGCUUUGUUGGAUAUCGCGCAGCAAUCAUUCCACAGAUUGCAAGCAGCCCCCCGCGAAGUCCCCCAGUUCGAGUGUAUGUUAUUCAGUGAAUCAGACACAGUGUCAGGCAGUGUCGUCCGUCGUAGUGCAAUUUUGAGAGAAUUUUGAGCUCGCUGUUGUUGCCCGUGUCGUGUCCGUGGUUUCUGUCGAAUAUUGACUUCGUGCGAGUGCAAAAGGGCGUUCUUGAAUGUGUGGGAUGCAAGAAGAGUAAUCUAGUGGUGCCACAGUUUGGAUCAAUAUCGGAUUACGCGUAUCGAUUCAUUAGUUUUUCGAAUUGAGGCCAUCAGAAUAUCUACGCUUCAAGGCCAGAGCUGGAUAGUAGGAUUUAGUGUUGGAAAAGUGGUGAAAAAGCUUUGUUUGUAAUUAUUGACUGUGGUGGUGUUCUGCAGCUGGAGCUCUGCGUUUGAGUGAGGUACCCGCCCCUGGGAGUUUGAGCAAAACAAAGCCAAAAGAGGGGCUGAGUAAUACAAGCAACGGAACGUAGAAAAAUCAAGUGGAUUGAAGUGAUAACAUUUCUUGUGGACUGGAUAGCUAAAUAACUUCUACUUGACUGAGCAUCCUUACAGGAAAUGGAGGAUUUCACCCCUUUGAUCAAUUUACAGUAGCGUUAAACGCAAAACUCUAGCAGGAUUUACUCUCUACCUCCAAAGUGCAAGUACCAUUUUUAUCAUCGCGCAUUAAAAAAAAAGAAAGAAGAGCGGAUACAAGAUAAUUGCCUCCUUGUAUAGCGCACAAUCGGUACGACGAACAGCAGGAAAAACAAUCGUGAUUAAUUCCAGAACUCGUAAAUCUUCCUCCAUCCGGUAGCGAAAGUCAGCGAACAGGGACGAGAAAGCAGUUUUCUGUGCAACAGUUUCCUUUCCGGUUCUCGAAGGAUGAAAAACGAGCGAGAACCCUUGCUAAGCACCUCGGACAACUCGUUGGAUGGAUCGCACAAUGAACACCAGCAUCUGCUAGCACGGCCGGAUCUGCGCAGCUCUCCGGAGAAUAUGAUCGUUGAUGUGAACAACGAUAACGACAGUCUUUCGCAGUCGGCCUCCAAGGACGAUCCCGCCUAUGGUUCGGCCAGUGAGACGUACGAUCCCUCGAUGCACCGAACGCUGGAACAUCCCACCACCAACAUGGACACGAUGAUUCACCUGCUGAAGGGAAACAUCGGAACCGGGAUCCUCGCGAUGCCGGACGCCUUCAAGAAUGCCGGAUUGUACGUGGGCCUGUUUGGGACAUUGCUGAUGGGUGCGAUCUGCACCCACUGUAUGCACAUGUUGGUCAGGUGCUCGCACGAACUGUGCCGACGGUUGCAGGUCCCUUCGCUCAACUUUGCCGAAGUAUGCUAUCGAUCGUUCGAAACGGGACCCAUGGGGAUGCGACGAUAUUCGAAUCUAGCACGGAGUCUGGUCAAUAUGUUCCUGGUGAUCACCCAGUUGGGCUUCUGCUGUGUGUACUUUGUGUUCGUGGCCGCGAACCUGAAGGAAGUGGUCGCGCAUUACUUCUUCGAUCUAGAUACUAGGGUCUAUCUUCUGCUGAUGUUGGUUCCAAUGGUGCUGUUGAAUCUGGUAAAGAACCUGAAAUUUCUGACGCCGGUUUCGCUGAUCGCGGCUUGUCUUACUGUGGCAGGUCUCGCGUGCACGUUCUACUUUGUCCUCCAGGAUUUACCGAACACGCAUUCGGUGAAACCGUGGGCGUCGUGGGCACAGUUGCCACUCUACUUUGGAACGGCAGUCUAUGCAUUUGAGGGAAUUGGGAUUGUAUUGCCGUUGGAGAACAACAUGAAAACUCCGGAGGAUUUUGGUGGAUGGACUGGAGUGCUCAAUACGGGAAUGGUGAUCGUUGCCUGUCUCUACACGGCUGUGGGAUUCUUCGGCUACCUGAAAUACGGUGAAGACGUACAAGGAAGCAUCACGCUUAAUCUACCCGGAGAUCAAUUCAUCGCCCAACUGGUCCGGAUCAUGAUGGCCCUGGCCAUAUUCUUCUCCUACGGUCUGCAGUUCUACGUUCCCAUUUCGAUCCUGAACCCGUCAAUUCGCCGGAGGCUCCACUCCGAGCAGGCCCAACUAAUCGGUGAGUAUCUGCUGCGGGUCGGCCUGGUGGUAUUUACCUUCCUGCUGGCGGCCAUGAUCCCCAACCUGGGGGCCGUCAUUUCGCUGGUCGGCGCAGUCAGUAGCUCCACGCUGGCAUUGAUCUUCCCGCCGUUGAUCGAGAUCAUAACAUUUUGGCCCGAUGGCCUCGGACGGAACUACUGGGUCCUGUGGAAGGAUAUUGCCAUUAUGACCUUCGGGAUCUGUGGGUUCGUGUUCGGGACGUACACCAGCGUGGCGCAGAUCAUCAAUCCGGAUUUACACUAAGCUGGGAUAGGGCUCGAAACACGGAUAAGACUUCUAGGCAUUUUUUUAAACGCUGAGAUGAAAGUUUGUAAAUAACCUGCGAAGUGAAAGUGAAUGCUGGAAGGAUUUAAGCGAAAAGUGAAACGUGGAAGAUCUUAAACACCUGUCGGGUGUGUGAUUUGAAUAAAACAAGGUUUUAGUUUUAUGAUAGCCGUAUGAUAACCAUCAGAUGAUCCUAGGUUUAGAUUCUGAACGAGGCAUAGUGUAUUCGAGAUUGUGGGGAAGAGCUAUAUAUGAGGAGAGCACUAUGGGGUUAUAGCGUCAAAGUUGAAAGCAUGCGUACGUAGUUAUUGUAAGUGUGAAUAUUAUGUGAUGUAGACUUGUGUUGACUUUGGGUGUUCCGGAGGCCAAAGUAUUGCUACGUUCGAAAUAGGGAGAGUAGUCAAGUUAUCGUGAAAGUGUGAGUUACUUUUUAGGUUAGGGUAUAGCUUGUAAGCAUCAUCGUGCGUAACGUAAAAUGUGCAUUUUUUCUAAUUACUCGAUUCAAGUCAUGGGACUUACUGUAAAAUAUAUGUUUCAGCAGUAACCUUGUUUUGCCGUGAUAAUGGGAUAAACAAGUUUUGAUUGAACCUGUUUAUGGCAAUAUGUGAAACAAUUUCUAAUGAGAGGAAUGUUUACAAUGACUAUAUUCAUGCAAAAAACGUUAGACUCUUUGAGAUAUGUUCUAACAACACAGUUGACAAAAAGAAGAUAUUUCUUACCAUUCUCUGCAAAGACAACUCAUAGUCAUUGUUAGAACCAGACAUGGAUUCAAAAAGCAGUACCCCUUCUCAGCACAGAAUAACCCAUAUUCUUCCAUUCGAAGACCCCUAGGCUGUUUCCUCUCGAAAUUUUCAUUUUUUUUUCAAAUUUCUAGUGAUUUUCUGGGGAGGUGUUUGACUGGUCACUAGUAAGAUUCUCGUCGUAAUUUUCAUACGAGGUACAUACUAGUUAUGGUACCUAGUUGUACCCAAGUUAUACCUCUUAUCUUUGUAACAUUCUCGAAAACGAGCUUUUAAUCUAUCGCAUACUUGUCCCUCAACCGAAUCAGUCGCUUUUAACACAUAUGUUACAGACCCAAGUGCACAAGUUGACGCAAUUAAAAUGUCAGUUCACUUUAUCUGUCAAGUGCAAAUAAUAAAAACAAAAAAAUAUACAUCGCAGUCUGGUAUAGGAAAUCAGAGUGAUAAUAGUCCUAGUUUGUGUAUAUUCAUAUCUUAAGUAACGCAUUAGCUCCUAUUGUAACGACACACGUUACUUAUCACGUAAACUUCUAGCAUGACAAUAAUCUAUAUUAUAAUAUCAAGCAUUAGCUAUGGUUCGUAUUAAGUAUUAAAUGUGUAUUCGAUCAUAAGAUGGAAACGAUGCCACCGUCCACUACUGGUGGCAUCGAACCACGUUUUGUUAAGUUUCCAACUGCAUCGUACUAUCUUCCGCUGUUUCUCCUCUCGUCGAACUAGAUUCUAUUUGGUCGCUUUAAAACUCCUAAUUUUAUCAAUACUGCAGAGGAAAGUCUGAGAAAUCGAAGAAAUCGAAAAAGGAACCACCCUUAGAGACGAAAUCAAAAACUAGUGAAUCUGUUAAAAAGUUUUAACUUCUAUUCUUGCGUUAGUUUCUUCUAUCUACUGUAUUACUAAACAUCUGUUGAUGAAGCGAAGACAAUAACUGUUCUAUCGACCUACCGACACUACCCUAUUGACCUUUGUUGAAAAUUUUCCACUAUGGAAUUAUCGUUUUUAUUUUGGACGUGUGAUAUAGGUUUAGGUACAAUGAAAUAAAAACAUUCGAGUUAAAACUAGGUAGAUUUUGUUUUUCAGUAGAAAACAUUUAAUUACUCCAAAGUCAUUCCACAAACGGAAUCGUAAAACUAAUCCAGGCAACGAAGCUCAAAUACAGUGUAGGUAUGAGUGUCGAACCAGGUUUGAAACAUUAUACACCGCCGGCUACCAGCAUACAUCCUUAUCCGAUACUAGCGUAUUCAGUGUUUUUUGUGUUACCAACCUGCAAAAUAAAAAUUUCGAUGGACAAAAAUAAAUGAGAGGAAUUGGAAUUGGCAUUCGAAAAACAUCUAUUCGAUGCUCUAGAAGGUUUUUCAAGAAUGUAAACUUACACACACUAGAAAACAAAGUGGUUAUAACCCAGCAGACUAAAGCAACUAAAGGAUAAUAAAUUAUACAAAAUAUAAAACCAAAACUGUAGGGGGAAUUGACAUCGCAAGAAACCAGCAUAUUUUUACUAAUA